UGUGUGUCCAGCAGAACAGAACAGAACAGAACACAAUUACUAGCAUGGCGCUCGGCGCUGUUGGACUUCUCGCCUUUUCUGUUCGUGUAUUAAGCUUUGACUUCAUUAUCCACUAUAUUAUCACGAUAUAGUUGUUUACAUCUCAGCGUGCGAAGACCGAAAGGAGAUAAGAGAAGACGGCAUAAUAGAAGUCUCUUUGGGCAUUUUAGGGAGCUUGCUGAACAGUAAGCUUAGCAGCAACAACAACAACAACAGGAGGUCAUGCCACAGCAUCUCAAUAGGAUUCAGGUCAGGACUUGGACUAGACCACUCCAAAGUCUUCAGCCAUUCAGAGGUGGACUUGCUGGUGUGUUUUGGAUCAUUGUCCUGCUGCAGAACCAGAAUCACUUUUUCACAAUGGCCCGUCUCAUGCACAUGCCAUGGCGACCGUAACUGAGGCAUGGGAGUGACGUGACACACGUCGUGCUUUCCUGCUGAAAACGACAGCAGAGCGCUCAAAGGAUGGAUGAGUCGGUCCUGCUGGAUUUGUUGGAGUGCCCCGUGUGUCUGGAGCGGCUGGAUGCGUCCGCCAAGGUCCUGCCCUGUCAGCACACCUUCUGCCGGCGGUGCCUGCAGGGGAUCGUGGGCUCGCGCGGGGAGCUGCGUUGCCCAGAGUGCCGCACGCUGGUGGAGUGCGGCGUGGACGAGCUGCCCAGCAACAUCCUGCUGGUGCGCCUCCUGGAUGGCAUCAAGCAGAGGCCGCGCAAGCCUGGGACCACCAAUGGUACUUCUGGGGCCGGGGGCCGGGCAGCCAGGGAGCAGGGCGCACCUGGAGUCCAACCCCAGAGAGCUCAGGCUAAGAGUUCUCUUGUCCGGGGCGUUCCUCAGCUGCCGUGUGCCAAGGCGCUCUACAACUACGACGGCAAGGAGCCUGGCGACCUCAAGUUCAGCAAGGGCGACGUCAUCAUCCUGCGCCGGCAGGUGGAUGAGAACUGGUACCAUGGCGAGAUGGGAGGAGUCCACGGCUUUUUCCCCACCAACUUUGUGCAGGUCAUCAAGCCGCUGCCGCAGCCGCCGCCCCAGUGCAAGGCCCUGUACGACUUUGAACUCAAAGACAAGGAGGCGGACAAGGACUGCCUGCCGUUCUCCAAGGAUGACAUUCUCACCGUCAUCCGCAGAGUGGAUGAAAACUGGGCCGAGGGAAUGCUGGGAGAUAAAAUUGGAAUUUUCCCCAUCUCGUACGUGGAGUUCAACUCAGCGGCACGGCAGCUCAUCGAGUCGGACAAGCCCCCCGACCCCAACGGCGAGUCUGGCGAGGGAGCCUCGUCGGGGCCCCAGAGCAACGGCGCCCAGCGGGACAAGAAGAACAGCAAGAAGCGACAUUCCUUCACCUCUCUCACCAUGUCCCACAAGCCCGUGCUGGCCCCUCCCCCCCAGCGCCACUCCAUGGAGAUUAGCGGCCCGGUCCUCAUCAGCUCCAGCAACCCCACAGCCGCCGCUCGCAUCGGAGAGAUGAGCGGGGGUCUUUCCUGCAGCGCGCCUUCGCAGGUACACAUUUGCACAACCGGGCUGAUCGUGACCCCGCCCCCGAGUAGUCCCGUUACCACAGCAACGGUCUUCACCUUUCCUUCGGAGACGAGCUACACGCCCAUUCUGCUGGAUGCUCUCCCGCCACCCCCGCCUCCUCCCCCGCAGUCGUCAGGCGGAGGCGUGGCAUAUUCGCUGGCAGCGGGACAGAGACCCUCCCCCAGCGUUAGCGACCAAAGCGGGAGACAAAGACCCACAGUAUACGUGGCCAUGUUCCCCUACACCCCCCGCAAGGAGGACGAGCUGGAGCUGAGGAAGGGGGAGAUGUUUGUGGUGCUGGAGCGCUGUCAGGACGGCUGGUUCAAGGGCACCUCCAUGCACAGCGGCAAGAUGGGAGUGUUCCCGGGGAACUACAUGGGUCCGCUCGGCAGGACUGCGUCAGGGAGCAGUCAAGCCAAAGCGCCACUGAGUGUGUGCACGCAGGCGGGCAGAGGGAUCGUUGUCAGCACCUCUUCAAGUCACCUCGGAGCCAUUGUGGCCGGCCCGGAGUCCAGCAAACUUCCCGCCGCCCAAUCUGGCGCCACCUGUCAGCCCGUACAGGCGGUACCGGCGGUACCGCCGGCUCAGACGGCCACGGGGCAACAGCCCAAAGUUUCCUUACACGUCAGCUCACAGAUGACGGUGAAUCAGGCUCGCAACGCCGUCAGGACGGCUGCCAAUCACAGUCAGGACCGGCCCACCGCGGCAGUGACGCCCAUCCAGUCCGGCCCACCUGGAGCGUACCUGCCGCACCUGUCUGCGUGCCCCCAGCAGCCCCCCCCAGGUCCCGCUCAAGGCUGCGCUCGGGUGGGAGUGGCGCUGGGGUGCGCCGCCGCCUCCCUGACCCCACCCAAUGUCAGCGCAGCAUCCUUGGAGGGGGGAGACCUCUCGAGGCCCGUGCCUGUCCUCGCUGUGCCUGCGGGGUCCGGGAACGCCUCUGCUCUCAGCUCGGCCGGCGCCGCCCCCGCCUGCCGACCGGACAAGGACACCAAGAGAGAAAAGAAAAGUCUUCUCAAGCUGCUGUCCAAUAAGAAGAAGUCUCGUUCUUCCCCGCCGCCCUCACCCACGCUGGAGGCGGAGCAAACUGCCAUCGGAGAGUCGCCUCAAGGCGCCGCGGGACCCGAAAUCUCCCUUCCCUGCGGCAUCCGUGGCGGCCCGCCCGAGCCUGAUGUCCCCGCCUCUCCGUCGCCGUCGUCAUCCUCUUCCUCGUCGGAGCCCUGCCAUCGGAAGAACACGCCCCUGGACGCCAGCGCUCCCAUCGCUCCUCCUCCUCGCCAGCCGUGCUCCUCGCUGUCAUCGCUGCAGCACGAUGCACGGCCCAUCAUUUGUGAGAGGUACCGGGUGGUGGUCUCGUACCCGCCGCAGAGCGAGGCCGAGCUGGAGCUGAAGGAGGGCGACAUCGUGUUCGUGCACAGGAAGCGCGAGGACGGCUGGUUCAAAGGCACGCUGCAGAGGAACGGCAGGACGGGCCUGUUCCCCGGCAGCUUCGUAGACAUCAUGUAGGCCGGCACGCCACUCGGCCAGCUCUCUUUCUACAAAGUACGCCUUCUACGCUUCACCACUUUAUCGGACCACGUUAACUUAUUUCAUAGACUAUAUGCCCUCGUCGGCUGGCAUUCAACUGGCAUCCUGUCAACACUGCUGUUUAUUGAUGAACAUGUAUGAUAUAUCAAAAACAUUCACGUGCAGCUUAUGGGGCUGCAUCACCGCCUGACUGGACUUGCAUUCUUUUCAGGACAAAUCCCGCAAGCGCCGCCCCCAGUGGGACAGCAAUAACUUAACGAUUCAUUCCGUCACUCCAACAUUCUACUGCAGGGGUGUCCGCAGUGCGGCACAUUCAAAAAAUAUCAUUUAACGAGAAAAUUUUAAAAAACGAAAAACGCAGCAGCAGCUUAAAAUUGCCAUUUUUUGAAAAUUUGGUUUCGGAAAAGUUAUAGUGUUCUCAGAAUAAAGUUCAAAUAUGAUGGGAUGAUAUUAAGGAAAUGUACAACAAGACAGUUGAAUUUGAUGGAAAACGUCAGAACAAAAAACAACAGGAAUGGAAAAUUUACAAGAAUAAAGUCUAAAUAUUGACAGAAAAAAGUCACACUUGUAUGAAAAUAAACUCGUUAUAUUCUGAGGAAAAGUAACAUCGUUUUAAUAGCGUAGAGUCAAAAUAUGAAAUAAAAAAUACUUUUCUUGUUGUUGUUGUAAUAUUGUAAGAAACAAAAAAAAAAAAAAAAAAAUUAAUUUUUGGAAAAAAGGUUCCAGAAAGAGUUAUAAUGUUGUGAGAAGAAAGUCCAAAUAUUAUGAGAAUAAAGUCAUAACUAUGAGAAAUUCUUGGAAAAUGUAAAAAAAAAAAAAUAAAGUAAAAAUAAAACAAAUGAAAGAAACUGCUGUAAUUUUCCGAGAAUAAAGUCAAAAUAUUAAGAGAAAAAACUUACAAUUUUACUAGAAUAAACUUGUAACAUUAUGAAGAAAAAUAACUAAUUUUAGUAGCAUAGAGUUGAAAUAUUAAGGAUAAAAUGUUGUUUUUUGAAAAUGUUGCAAUAUUAUGACAAACGGACAAAACAGAGCUGUCAUUUUUUGAAAAUUUGGUUGCAGAAAAUGUUAUCAUUUUUUAAAAAUAAUAAUAAUUGUCAUAAAUCAUAAUAAAGCCGUCUUCUAACAAGAAACAAAGUGACUAUUUCAUGAGAAUAAACUUAGAAUGUUAUGUGGAAAAAUAAUAUAAUUUGAGUAGCAUAAAGUUUAAAUAUUAAAGAAAAAAAUGUUGUAAUAUUUUAAGAAAAAAACAAAAUAAUAAAGUUGUAAUUUUUGGAAAAUUGUCACUUUGUUUCUUGUUAGAAGACGGCUAUUUUCUCUUAAUAUUUUCACUUCAUUUUCAUAAAACUAUAACUUUUUUCCACAACCAAA